CUUUCUGUAUAAAUAACACGACUCGUUAUUAUUUAAUUAGGUGAAGAAGAAUAAUCCGAUGUUGAAUGCUUCACUGGUAGACAUCUGCAUGGGAAGUUUAGCUACUCCGACUUAUUUUCCUCCACAUUGUUUUGAAACAAAAAACUCAAACGGAGAAUCCACGGAAUUCACCCUCGUUGGCCCUAUUAUUGCUAACAAUCCGACGAUUGCCGCAUUGGCGGACGUACCGAUUGAGGCUCGUGCAAGGCUUGUUGUUUUAUCGCUCGGAACAUGUACGCCUAAAUACAACUCCAAAAAGGCAAAGGCAUGGGAAUUUUACAAGGCUACCAUGUCGAAUGCACUUCGUAAGGGUGUAGCAACACUGACUGGCUAUGACUGGCUUUUGUACCAUCAAGACUCUUGGCCUGAAAUUGGCCUCGUACACAAUAAUUACCUUAGAAUUCAGGUAUAUCAUUAUUUCUUUCAAAUUUUUUUCAACAUAAAAAUUAAAAUAAAUUAUUCUAAUGUCAAUUGGUACAAUUUCUAACAGGACGAUUCGUUACGUGGAGCGUGUCAGUCUUCUGUGGAUAUUGCGACGAAGAAGAAUUUAGAAGAUGUUGUGAAGAUCGGAGAAAGAUUGUUGGAGAAACAAGUAUGUAGCAUUGACCUCUACAGGAGAUAUUAUGUGCCAUGUGAUGGUGAGGGAACAAACAAGGAGGCACUGAUUAGGUA